AGCCGAGCCGGGGGGACCGCGGAGCCUCGGCGCGGCGGCCGCGGCUGGAGGGCCGAGCCGGGCAGGGCCGAGCCGGGCCGCCCCGCCAUGGCGGCGUCCGGGCCCGCGGCCCGCGGGGGAGCCAGCAGUAAGUAACAGAUGCGGGUGAAAGAUCCAUCAAGAGCCAACCCCGAGAAAGCAAAGAGAAGCAAAAGGCCUAACAGGCCGCAGGAUGAGGACUCCUCAGAUGAUAUUUCAGGCUUAACCUGCCAGCACGUGAGCCAAGCGGUGGAUGUGCAUCAUGUGAAGAGAGCGGUAGCUCAGAGCGUCUGGUCAAUAUGCGCAGAAUGUCUGAAGGAGAGGCGGAUGAGUGAUGGUGAGCCCGUGGCACCUUCAGACAUCUGGCUGUGUCUCAAAUGCGGCUCUCAGGGAUGUAGUAAGAACUCGGAAGGCCAGCAUUCUCUGAAACACUUCCAGACAGCACGCACAGAUCCUCAUUGCAUUGUUAUCAACCUCAGCACGUGGAUCAUAUGGUGUUACGAAUGUGAUGAAGAACUGUCAACACACUGCAACAAAAAGGUUUUGGCUCAGAUAGUUGACUUUCUUCAAAAACAUGGUUCCAGGGCUGAACCAAGUUCGUCAAAAAUCAUACGACUCCGUGAAGAAAACAAUGAAACAAGUGAGAUACUGAAAGGAAAAAGUUCUGGUAAUGGUGCAUCAGUUCCAGUUAAAGGAAUAAAUAAUUUAGGAAAUACGUGCUUUUUUAAUGCUGUCAUGCAGAACUUGGCACAGACUCACAUACUAAAUGAACUGAUGUAUGAGAUGAAGGAGAAAGGAACAAAGUUAAAAAUCUGUCAUACUUCAGACUCCCAAUUGGAUCCUUUGGUGGUAAACCUCUCUAGCCCAGGACCCUUGACUUCGGCGAUGUUCUUAUUCCUUCACAGCAUGAGGGAAGCUGGAAAAGGUCCGCUUUCUCCGAAAGUGCUGUUUAGCCAGCUUUGUCAAAAGGCUCCUCGAUUUAAGGGGUUCCAGCAGCAAGACAGCCAGGAGCUUCUGCACUAUCUGUUGGAUGCAAUGAGGAUUGAAGAAACAAAGCGUAUACAAACUGGUAUCUUAAAAGCAUUUAAUAAUCCAACUACUAAGACGGCAGAUGAAGAAACUAGAAGAAAAGUCAAAGCAUAUGGAAGAGAGGGUGUGAAGAUGAACUUCAUAGAUAGGAUCUUUGUUGGUGAAUUGACUAGCACUGUCAUGUGUGAGGAAUGUGAAAAUGGGAACCCCUCUUGGAACAUCGCUCAUCAGGCAGUCAUUCUUGUUACAGUAGUUUUGAUCUCAUUUAUUGCUUUACUGGAACCCAAAUCAUGGCGAGUCCCUGCACAACAGAUUUCAACAGUAAAAGAACCUUUCAUUGAUCUUUCACUUCCUAUAAUAGAGGAGAGGGUUGCAAAACCUGUGCCUUUGGGAAGAACAGGUAAAGGUAAAAGCGUACAAGAGGCAGAUCUUGCUCAGUAUAACUGUUCUUCUAUCACUGCACUGAAUAAUCAACCCAAAGUUGUCAAGAAACACACUUUAACAAAAGAUAAGAAUCAAUUGAACCAGGAGAGACGGCUUGCCAGAAAAGCCGCCUCUAAUGAAGAGGAAAGAAGUCCCAUUAUCAUGCAGGAAAAAACCAAAAAGCUUGAGCUGGAAGGUAGCUCUGGCGUCCUGUACUCCAAAGACGCGAGCGCUGACUCUGCCGUAAAUGGAAGUCAGACGGAAGGCAGUGAGAAGGAAGCCAGCCGCUCGGAAAGCAGCUUCGAUGCAGACAGUGAAGCCUCAGAAAGCGAAAGUGCUUCCAAGCAAACAGCGUUCAGCCUGUCCAGCAACGUGUCUGGUUUGCACGUCAACCAUGGAAAUGCUAAAAUGCCGCCCAACAAACCAAGUGAUGGUAACGAUGAGAUGAUUUCCAGUGCCAUAUCCAAACUCAGUUUCUGCGAUACUAUAAAUGAAGAUAAAAAAAUGAGCCGCGGGGAUUCAGCAUUAGGUUUAUCGAAUAAUUCCGUGUUCUCAGUAGACAAAUCCCCGCCGUCCCAAAACCCUCAAAACGCUUUUCAGACGCUUUCCCAAAGCUACAUAACUAGCUCAAAGGAAUGUUCUGUUCAGUCCUGCCUUUACCAGUUCACCUCUGUAGAGCUCCUAAUGGGGAACAACAAGCUUCUAUGUGAGAGCUGCACGGAAAGGAAACAGAAGUAUCAGAAGAAAACAAACUCCACAGAAAAGAAAAUGGACGGUGUCUACACAAAUGCCCGGAAACAGCUGCUGAUUUCUUCAGUUCCUGCUAUUCUUAUUCUCCAUCUGAAAAGAUUCCACCAGGCUGGUUUGAGUCUACGGAAAGUAAAUAGGCAUGUGGAUUUCCCCCUGAUUUUAGACUUGGCACCAUUUUGUUCCGCAUCUUGUAAGAACGUUAUGGAUGGUUCAAGAGUGCUGUACAGCCUUUACGGAAUAGUGGAGCACAGUGGGUCCAUGAGAGGUGGUCAUUAUGCGGCGUAUGUGAAAGUCAGGACACCCUCCAAGAAAUUACUGGAGCAUAUUUCUACCACUAAAAGUGUUCUGGGUUUAAAAGAAGCCAUGGGCGCAUCAGGAGGACAGUGGGUGUAUGUUAGUGAUGCUCACGUUCAGAUGGUUCCAGAGUCAAGAGUACUAAAUGCACAAGCAUAUCUACUUUUUUAUGAAAGACUAUUACUAUAAUUCACAACAGUUUAAUUUAAAAGAUGGUCGUGGUUAUUUAGUUUAUCUUAUUUAAAGCUGCAGUGGUAAGAGUACCUGUAAAUAUUGUGCCUUUAUCUUGUAGAGAAUUUAUCAUAUGUUGACUCUGAAGUUCAGUCACGCUAUUAUAAAUAUCUGGAUGGUUCUCUUAAAGUAUGCACUUUGCCAAACAUUUAAAAUUCCUGGAUACAUUAAAAUACAGUACCGUUAGAAUGUAAAAUGAUGUCCUAUCCUCUUGAGGUCUAUGGAAAGUUUGUUCUUUAUUUUAAUAAACUUUCACCCGUAGUUCUAAAACAGUUGAGAAUAAAAAUACUGAUAGCGUUAAGUGCCUGGAUUUGCUGGUGUACGGUAAGAAUAUAAAAUAUUUCAACUUUUUGUGAUCUAGUCCAGAUCCUUCCCGUCACUGGGUUGGAUGUCAGCUGUUAAGACUUCUGCAGACAAGAACCUGUCUAAUCGUGUCACUUCCGUGUAGUAAUGGGAAAGCACAGUGCUUCCAGGAUGGAGUAACAGCAGCUGGCUCUGGGUGAUGCUGCAGCGCUCUUCCCCGAGAGACUGGGGAAUAGAUUGGGGAGAACGUGGCUUCCACAAAGUGACAGUGAAUCCUCGGAUACCCAGUACCCUGUCGGCUGUCUCCAACUGGCACCGGUAUAGCAAUGUACUCCUGUUUUCAUAUAAAUAUAUAUUGGUGUGCAUAUGUAUAUCCUCUGAGAUACAUACGCACGCACACACACACACACACACACACACGUGUGUGCGUGCAUGUAUAUAUAUAUGCACACCGUAAAUCUAUCAAUAUAUAUUGUCAUUUUACCUACUAGGAAAGAGAAUUGCAAAUACUUCUGUAUUUAGUAAAUUUUCAACUUCAUAAUUAUGACACUGUACAGUAUAUAAGCUUGUGUAUGAGUAUGUGUGGGGUUUAAGUGUAAUUGGGUAAUUCUGUUACUUUUGGUUCUAAACAUGAAUUUGUUUAUCUGUUCCUGAAUACUUUUCUCACAGGAGUAAUAAACUAUAAAUUAUUUU